AUGGCCCGCCAAUUGCGCUCUUCUCAACAAACACUAUGCACGCAUCACCAAGCGAGGCCUAAGGGCGGUUAUGGCGUUGAAACAACUACGAGCACUGCGACCCAUGCACCGCUUGACGACCCCUUUACGGUGACGAUAGCGUCGAUCAUCGGCUAUGCUUCAUUCGUUUGGGAAGGCAGAAUGAUGAAACUGCUCGAACUAAUUCACCGGAGAGCGGAACCGGAUAUUGCGGAAACAUAUCGCACAGUAGCUCUGACUAUUGUAUAA